GUGUGUGUGUGCUUGAUGGAUGGGAGGUUUAGUUUUGAGUCAGAGGCAGCAAAAGCCUAAGUCUGAGAGUGUGUGUAGGAUGAGCCUCCUACCACGUCCCUCCCUGUCUCUCAUCAACUGUCUCUCUGCCUCUCUGUCUCUAUCCCUCCCUCUCUUUUAUGUGCCAACAUGUCUUUAGAAAAGUGUUCAUCAGGAACACAGAUUAGUGAUUUGAUUGCCGAUUAAUUGAUUGCGGAUUUUUCACGUUGAAAGGUGCAUUAAGCCGUUGAAGUUUAUGUGGGAAGUAUGAAACCAGAUGGCACAAAGGCAGCAUAUAGUGAGAAUAUACCGCCCGAUAUAUGAUCUGUAUGCAUCCUUGACUGUGUGUACGUUUGUGUGUGUAUAUGUGUGUGCAUGUUUGUAUCCCUCACAGUGAUUAAAGCAAGUGGGCGGCAGCAGCAACUGGUCUGCCUGUGUGGCUCUGCAUAGCAGACAUGUUUCUCACUGCUAGAUAUUACUCAUUUCCUCAGCCCUUUGCACACACAAGCAUGCACACACUCACUUGACACACACACACAUACUCACAUGCACAACACAGACACAGAGACGGAGAGCAGGCUCACAGUUUUUUCCCUCAGUUUGGUGGGCUCGCUGGUGUUAUUUCAUGCGUACAGAGAUCAGAGGCAGUGUGUAGCUGGAGGCUGCUGAUAUCUGCGGGUGUUGUAGUGCUGUGGAGGAGCAGUGUAGCACAGUGAGGAGCUGAGGAGUGGGUAGACCCUCUGGGAGGACUAGAAUAUGAAUGACUGCCAACACUGGGACGUCUGCUCAUCCCGCACUAAGGUGAGUGGUGCUUCAGUACAAAAGAAUCGACAGUGAUCUGACAGUGAUGCUGUGUAUCAGCCUUCCCCUCUGUCUGCGCCCCUCGUUCUCCCGUGAGGCCCAUGUGACCUAACCUACACCCACACACAGGGGGCCCCCACUGCCGCUGGAGCCCACCCAUGAAUCCCAGCCCCGACCGCGGCAAAGAGUGCCUCCCUCCCAAGAAGAGGGAGUCUCGGCAAGGAUCAGCAGAACACCACGUCCCUCUGGAUGAGUUUAAACCCCCUGUGCCCCUCCGGAGUCGGUCUACCACAGUGAGAGGGGAGGGAGGCAGGGAUGCCAGUGACAGGGACCGAGUCCUGACUAACCCAAACCCCCAUCUCCUGCACACUCCUCCACCCCUUCCUGCUCCAGCACCAGGCCUCCCAGUGCCCAUACCAUGGCCCCUCAGCUACUCCCCCUCUGUCUCUCUCCCCCUUUUCCCAGGGCAGGUCAGCGAAAGGAGGGGCUCAGCGUCUCCCGCUUGGAGAGAUGAUCCCCUCGCCUCAACCCUGCCACACCACUCCAGGUGGCUUAGAGGGGAAGGUCCCCUCUCAUUACCACCUUCCCCAUCUUCCUCCUCCACAUCCUCCUUUAAGACGCCUUUCCCAGCCAGUUCUAGAGAGAUGUGGUCCUACAUUAACAGCGGUCGGCGGGACUACAGCUCCUCUCUCUUCUCCCCACCAUACUUGUUUAGCCACCACUCUCUUUACCCCCAAGACCCAAGCUUAGUUGAUGCACGACACAGGUACUUGGGUAAGAGGCCAAAUGGUCUGGAUGGGCCAGGCAGCAGGACUGCCUCUACCUCCAGGCCUCUGAUCACAGGAGAAUAUGGGAACGAUAGCAGCAGAACCAGGCUGGACAUCAGUCCACACAGCUCCCAUGCCAAUGGUGGACGGAGACAGCAAGAGGAUUUAACAUCUCGCGUCCACUCUGGAGGGUCAUUUUUGUCAGACUCUCAAGCUCAGGAGGGCCCUGAGCCACAUUCCUCACUGCAGGACAGACAUCUGCAUGGGAUAGUUAAGACUAGCUCCAAUUUUCUCUCCACCAGUCCCCAUCCCCUCGGACCAGACUCCAGGGCAGGUAGAGGGGGACUGCUGGACCACCUUGGGGCCACUCCAGCUGAAGCCCAAAUCUACUACUCUUUGGGUUCGGUGUGCCACCCCAGCCCUGAGGCCCAGGCCUACCCACUCUACAGCUCCUCAGGAACAUCUAUGUACAACCUGCACCGGGAGCCAGGACCCAGGCAGCACAAUCUAAGGAACUCACCACACUCACCCCUGGGUCUGCCUAACAGCCAUGACAGGUCACAAAGAGACCGGGACAGAGACCAAGAAAGAGACAAGGUCGUACAAAGGGACAAGGAGCGAGGUAAAGACAAAGAGAAGCAACUACACCAUGACAAAGACCAAGAAAGAGACAGUGAGCGCGAGAGACGACGGGACAGAGAAAGAGACAGAGGGAGAGAGUUGUCUCCUUCUCAUCACACCUCAUCCCCAGCCCUUCACCCAUCUUCCCCUGCACUCCUACCUCACUUCACCAAGGGAUCUCUGAUCGAGUUGGCCAGCGGGCGGUUGAAGCGGGUGGAGGAGCUGCGGACUGAGGACUUCCUGAGGAGUGCGGAUACCUCCCCGGAGUUCCACCUCAGCACCUGCACUGUGCUGCUGAUUUCCCCCAGCAGCACACAAGGCUUCAGCCACCUGCAAGUCCACCUCACAGACCGCAACACUCAGGAGUUACUGAAGGUCUUGGUGGAGUAUCCGUUCUUUGUGCAGGACCGAGGUUGGUCUUCUUGCUGUCCCCAGAGAACCACACAGCUGUAUGGGCUGCCCUGCCGCCAGCUCAUGGAGGGUGAUGUCUGCCUGGCCCUCACCCCCACGCCCAUCCAAACGCACCGGACACACUCGCGUACCAGCUCCAGGGCCCAUCGCACACACCUCACCUCCAGGGCUGCAGCAGAGCCCAGCAGCUCGCACAGGGAGGACAUGCCGCCCCCACCUCCUCCUCCUCCUCUGCCUCACCACCCGACACCUACGACGCCAGCGCCUCCAUGCAUUCUGGCCGCGGAGCCUCCAGCUCAGGAGCAGCAGCGUCCACGCAAGCGGCGCUGGUCUGCCCCGGACACCCUUCCCUCAACCGGAACUGAUGAAAGCCUUUCGGAUUUACCUCAUGGCUCAAAGCUAAUGAAGUGGCAGUAGUAACUUGCACAUGCACACACACACAUGCAUACUUACACACAAACAUGAGCACAUACACACCCUCCUUGUCUCUGUUGCACCCACCACGACAAACAAUGGCGAGACCUCAAGGCAGGGUUGCAGGGAAGGAAUAAAAAACAACUCAACAAAUCGCUGCCCAAAAGAUUAAUCUACGUCACUCUAGUCUAGGACUUGUUGCAUCUUUCCUUUCCUUUCCUUUCCUUUCCUUUCCUUUCCUUUCCUCAACCUUACUUAGCACAGCCCUGAAGGGAGCAGCAGAUGAAGGAUCUCUAGGCGGCUCCUUACAAACACACUGAAGACAUUUAGUGAGACAAUCAAGCACAUGUCUGUGUUCACUCUGUUUUUGUAAUGGUUGUCCCACACACCUACUUACUGAAAGUGUUUGCUGCAGGGUAUUUUCAAUCAGUGUUAUGAAAGUAAACGCUAUUGAAGAAGUGCAGAUAUAUAUAUGAACAAAAAUCGACUAUAUAUAUAUAUUACAUUACAGAUGUUAUAUACAGUAAAUAUGCUAAACAGAUUUAAUGCAAUCUCUCUGUCAAAUUUGCAAUGCAUUUUCGUUUUAUCUUUUUUUUUUUCUUUUCUUGCUUCUGAGCCGAUGUCUACGUGUCGGCCUGGGCAGGCAAGGUGAAUGUAUGAGCAACUCUUCGCCUUUUUUAUUAUCACUGGGAGUCAUUUCAAACAAUUGUUCGUCAAGGCAUUACUCUCCAAUAUGUUCUUAACAUUAUCUCUGAGAAAGGGAGAACACUAAUGAAAACUGCGUAACAGACAAUCCCACCCACACAGACAGGUCUGUGCCACAUCGCCUCGACACUCAUGGUGUUUUUCCAUUUAAAACUGAAUGAUGGAAAGAGUAAAAAGUGCAGUAUGGCUGAAGAGUAAUGGUGCUAAUAACACGUUGGAACAUGAUGCUUUGUGAAUACUCUUGACCCCCGUGUACUGUACGCUUCUGUUCCCAUCUCAUUUUUAUGUACUGUAUAUGUUUGAAAGCAGGGAAAAUGAUGAAAGUAUUUUAAACUCAGAUACGGGUAUAUCCUCCGAUUCAGCACACUCUCUCACUUUAGUUUGUGUUUUUUUAUUUUCAAAAAGAAUAACUUACCUGUUGAUUUUUCUUUUUAAAUGUUAUAGCUACAAAAAUGUAUAUUUUUAAAAAUUGUGAAUCUGUUAUAUGAUGUUCGCUAGAAAUAAAGGAAAAAAAGCUUUAUAGAUUUAA